UUCGGUCGUACACGGAAGUCAGUGAGUUGCGCGCGAUCGGUCGACGCGUGUGCCACGCACGCAUAAACGAACGAAAGAGCGUACGGGCAGACGGACGGAUUAGUAGUACACGGUACUCAGUGUGUGGGAGAUCAGGGCAUCGGAAACAAUCCAGCGUGAGAAGCACGCGCGACACGCGCGCAGCAGGUAGUUGGAGUAGCAGGAGGCGAGCAGGUAGUCGGUCAAGUCCGAGCGCCACCGGCUUGUUGUCAAGAUGGCGUCCAAGGGGAAGCUAGCCACCGAGCAUGGCUGCUCAGAAUCGUACAGGGUCGCCACGUUAUCCAACAUUCCCGACGACAACAAAACCGCAGAUGGGAUGUACAAGUCGCGGCGGAAGAAUCCAAAGCGGAGGGGGGACAAUUUAGAUGACUUGAAGCAGGAGUUGGACAUUGACUUCCACAAAAUCUCACCCGAGGAACUGUAUCAAAGAUUUCAGACGCACCCCGAAAACGGCCUCAGCCACGCAAAAGCAAAGGAGAACCUGGAGAGGGACGGGCCAAACGCCCUGACGCCGCCGAAACAGACCCCGGAAUGGGUGAAGUUCUGCAAGAAUCUGUUUGGCGGUUUUGCCCUGCUGCUGUGGAUCGGUGCGAUCCUCUGCUUUAUCGCGUAUUCGAUCCAGGCCACGACCAGCGAGGACCCGAACGACGACAAUCUCUACCUGGGCAUCGUCCUCGCGGCGGUCGUAAUAGUCACGGGUAUAUUCUCAUACUACCAGGAGAGCAAGUCGAGCAAGAUUAUGGAGUCGUUCAAGAACAUGGUGCCCCAGUUCGCCACCGUGAUCCGGGAGGGUGAGAAGCUUACCCUGAGAGCAGAGGACCUUGUGCUCGGCGAUGUCGUCGAUGUAAAAUUCGGCGACCGGAUACCGGCCGACAUUAGGAUUAUCGAGGCACGGGGAUUCAAGGUAGACAACAGUUCGCUAACGGGCGAGUCUGAACCGCAGUCGAGGUCACCCGAGUUCACGAACGAAAAUCCACUUGAGACAAAGAAUCUCGCUUUCUUCUCGACAAACGCGGUGGAAGGCACGGCAAAGGGUGUGGUGAUCUGCUGUGGCGAUCAGACGGUGAUGGGAAGGAUUGCGGGUCUUGCGUCCGGUCUGGAUACCGGUGAGACGCCGAUUGCCAAGGAGAUACACCAUUUUAUUCAUCUUAUUACUGGUGUCGCUGUCUUCCUCGGCGUCACGUUCUUCAUUAUUGCCUUCAUUUUGGGUUACCACUGGCUCGAUGCCGUCAUCUUCCUCAUAGGCAUUAUCGUGGCGAAUGUACCCGAAGGUCUUCUAGCUACCGUGACCGUGUGCCUGACCCUGACCGCCAAGCGAAUGGCCUCAAAGAACUGCCUGGUGAAGAAUCUUGAGGCCGUGGAGACUCUGGGCUCGACUUCGACCAUCUGCUCGGACAAGACGGGAACUCUGACGCAGAAUCGUAUGACAGUAGCGCACAUGUGGUUCGACAAUCAGAUUAUCGACGCCGACACCACGGAAGAUCAGUCCGGCUUGCAGUACGACCGUACCAGUCCUGGAUUCAAGGCGCUAGCAAAGAUCGCAACCUUGUGCAACCGCGCCGAGUUCAAGCCAGGCCAGGAAGGUGAACCGAUUCUGAAAAGAGAAGUGAACGGCGACGCAUCCGAGGCCGCGUUGCUCAAGUGUAUGGAACUUGCGUUGGGCGAUGUGAUGGGCAUUAGGAAGCGCAACAAGAAAGUCUGCGAGAUUCCCUUCAACUCUACCAACAAAUAUCAAGUAUCUAUACACGAGUCGGACGAUCCCAACGAUCCCAGGCAUCUGUUGGUGAUGAAGGGCGCUCCCGAAAGAAUUCUGGACAGAUGCGCGACUAUAUUUAUCGGCGGCAAAGAGAAGGUUCUCGACGAGGAGAUGAAGGAGGCGUUCAACAACGCCUACUUGGAAUUGGGCGGACUCGGUGAACGAGUGCUCGGCUUUUGUGAUUACACACUGCCGUCCGACAAGUUCCCGGUUGGUUUCAAGUUCAACUCUGACGACCCCAACUUCCCGGUUGACGGACUCCGCUUCGUGGGCCUGAUGUCUAUGAUCGACCCGCCGAGGGCUGCGGUACCCGACGCGGUCGCCAAGUGCCGUUCCGCCGGCAUCAAGGUCAUCAUGGUAACCGGUGACCACCCGAUCACUGCCAAAGCCAUUGCCAAAUCCGUCGGCAUCAUCUCUGAAGGUAACGAGACUAUUGAGGACAUUGCGCAACGGUUGAAUAUCCCAGUGUCCGAAGUAAAUCCUCGCGAGGCUAAAGCCGCGGUCAUCCACGGAACCGAACUCAGGGAACUGAACUCCGACCAAUUGGACGAAAUUCUCAGGUACCACACCGAAAUUGUGUUCGCCCGUACCUCGCCUCAGCAAAAGCUCAUCAUCGUCGAAGGCUGCCAGCGAAUGGGCGCGAUUGUUGCCGUAACUGGUGACGGUGUGAACGACUCUCCUGCUCUGAAGAAGGCCGACAUUGGUGUCGCUAUGGGUAUUGCCGGUUCAGACGUCUCGAAGCAAGCGGCGGACAUGAUCUUGCUCGACGACAAUUUUGCCUCGAUUGUGACAGGCGUAGAAGAGGGCCGCUUGAUUUUCGAUAACUUGAAGAAGUCUAUCGCCUACACUCUGACCUCCAACAUACCCGAGAUCUCGCCUUUCCUGGCGUUCAUCCUUUGCGAUAUUCCUCUGCCUCUGGGUACCGUUACUAUUCUCUGCAUUGAUCUGGGAACCGACAUGGUACCCGCCAUCUCGCUAGCCUACGAGGAGGCAGAGAGCGAUAUUAUGAAGCGACAACCACGAAACCCCUUCACUGACAAGCUAGUUAACGAAAGUGGUGGAUGGCAGGUGCCGGCCAUCUCGCUAGCCUACGAGGCACCGGAGUCGGACAUUAUGAAACGGCAGCCACGCGAUCCUUACAGAGACAAUCUUGUCAACCGAAGGCUUAUCUCAAUGGCAUACGGUCAAAUCGGCAUGAUCCAAGCCGCGGCCGGCUUCUUCGUCUACUUCGUCAUAAUGGCUGAGAACGGAUUUCUUCCCUUGUAUUUGUUCGGCAUCCGAAAACAAUGGGACUCCAAGGCUAUCAAUGAUCUUACCGACAGCUAUGGCCAGGAAUGGACCUACAGGGACCGCAAAACAUUGGAAUUCACCUGCCACACAGCUUUCUUCGUAUCGAUCGUCAUUGUGCAAUGGGCUGAUCUGAUCGUUUGCAAAACGCGCCGCAACUCGAUCAUUCACCAGGGAAUGAGAAACUGGGCUCUGAACUUUGGCCUUGUAUUCGAGACCGCCCUUGCCGCGUUCCUAAGUUACACACCCGGUAUGGAUAAAGGUCUUCGUAUGUUCCCACUCAAAUUCGUAUGGUGGCUGCCAGCUCUGCCCUUCAUGUUCGCUAUUUUCAUCUACGAUGAAACGAGACGAUUCUACCUCCGCCGGAACCCGGGCGGCUGGCUCGAGCAAGAAACUUACUAUUAGAUUCAGAGAAGGAUUAAUCACACAUUGCAGAACGCGCGCGCAAGAGAGAAGAGUGAACCGGAAGAACGAGCGGAGAACGAGAGAGAGGGAGAGAGAGAAGAUGGAGAGAAUGAUGGGAGAGAAUGUGACGCAUACUCACACCUGAGGGAAAACAGAAAAGAAGAAAAAAUAAUUUACUCAUGUUGAACAGACACACACAUUUCACACAGGACGUGCUACUGGGUCUAUCUGUUAUCGGAUCGAUCGAGAGCAGCAACAACAACGACGAAGAACAAAAUGCCGACAUCGCAAGAUACGCAAAUUCACGCCGGCUCUCGCGACCGUAUGAGAGAGAUCGAAAAGGGCGGCAAGAUCAUUAAUACGGAUGAGACCCUUUAGCGCUAUAGGUGCAGCGCAAGGUACAAAAAGCACCCUCAUCGUUCUGGCUUUGCUGCCAAUUGCUUGCACGCGCGUGCCGGGUUUCGUAGAUUCAAUUUGAUGAUCCGGUGUUCGAGACCGUCGAGGAGAGAAAAGAAGAAGAAUGAAGAGGAAGAAUCGUCAAAGAGUUUCCAUCGACCACCAUCACCAUCACUAUCACCAUCACCAUUACCACUAUCAUCUCCACCUCAUUGUCAUCAUUACCACCAUCAUACGAACGGCCGAUUGAAACGAGGCCGCUCGCGUUUCCCGCUUCGCGUUCAACGACGCGACUACUAGAGCUUUCCGGUGAUGAUUGUUGGUGCUGUUAUUGAAUUAUGGACGAGAUUACUUCGCGAACGUCGCUCGAAGAAGAUAGAACGAAGGAACGAGAAGGAAAAAGAGAAAGAAAGAAGACAGUCGCCGAGUCGAUAGCGCUGCGGUGUAGCUCUACCACUUGCAUGGGUGCCGCGUGUCAGGCCUAAAGAAAUGUAGUAACGCGACAAGAGGUAACAAAUAAACGAACGAGCGAAAGUAAGGAAAAAAAAGGAAAGAAAAUCGACGGAAAACGGACACAUAUACACACACUCAACAAAGCGUGUAAAAUAACUAUGCGCGCGGGGCGUUAACGCGCGAUAUUAGAGAGCCGCGAAAUCAUGUGCGUCCUUAUUAUGUAUGCCGAAUGCGAUUACACACGUGACUUCUUACUAUUAGUGACGUAUUUACGUAGACUUGUAAUCUUUGCGUUACCAAGAAACUUCAUAGGCUUUCGUUGAUCGUCGAUCAAUGCGCGCAAAUCGAUACACUAAGAGAUCGGCAUACACGCUCUACAAUGGGGAAAAGAACCUAGAAAGGCAAGGGACUCGAAAAGUAAAGAGAGAAGAGCAGACCGACGCGAAAGAGUCGAAACCGAAGUGAGAGAAAGAGAGAAAAGGAAGAGAGGAAAAGAAGUGCUCAAUAUAACAGGAAAACCGUUAAAGAAUUCUAGGCAUUUCUCGUGACAUUGAAAUACUUCGUACAUCUAUUAAUUGUUAAUCGUAAUGGACGAAUUGGUACGUUUAGAUCGGCAUGGUCUAGUUUUACGUCAAAAAUAAAUAACUAAAAGCGAGAAAGAGAGCGUGAGAGUGAGAAUGAGAGUGAGAAAAGAAGGAAGGAAGUGAUAAGGGGAGAGAGAGAGCGAAAGAGAGAAUUAUGAUAUAGGUAACUAAA